GUGGAAAUCUCAGUGAGAAGCUGCCAUCUCCCGGCUCUCACCCCUCCCUCCCUCCCUUCCUCCUUUCCUUCCUUCCUCACUCCGCUGCUCCCUCCCUCCUUCCCCAGUUCCUUCCUCUCUACUCUGAGAGUUCCCGAGCCCAGCAGCUCCUUGCACGCUGUUCACCCUCUCCCCCAGCCCCCACCCCCAAGAAUGGAGUCGUGGUUUCCAGAGCGACCAAACUCCCCUCCCAGCAUCUUUAUCCUCCUCGGCUGUUGCUAAACUGGCCCCAGAGGACCAAAGAGGUGGGAGGGAAGCCCGACCCACCUAAGACCUCUUAACAACUACACCACCCAGGACCUCCACUCCAAAGGCGGAUUUUGCAUCCUGGGGGCGGGACAGACCUGUCCCGGGCUGAAUUCUCUUUCUAGUCUCCAAGGCUGGCACACCCAGAAUGAAGAAGAUGAGCAACAUUUAUGAGUCGGCUGCCAACACGCUGGGGAUCUUUAACAGCCCCUGCUUGACCAAAGUCGAGCUGCGUGUGGCCUGCAAGGGCAUUUCUGACAGGGAUGCUCUGUCCAAGCCGGACCCUUGCGUCAUCCUCAAGAUGCAGUCCCACGGGCAGUGGUUUGAGGUGGACAGGACGGAGGUCAUCCGUACCUGCAUAAACCCAGUGUACUCGAAACUGUUUACCGUGGACUUUUACUUUGAAGAGGUCCAGCGUCUCCGGUUUGAGGUUCAUGACAUCAGCAGCAACCACAACGGACUGAAGGAUGCUGACUUCCUGGGUGGCAUGGAGUGCACCCUUGGCCAGAUUGUAUCCCAGAGAAAGCUUUCCAAGUCCUUGCUGAAGCAUGGGAACACAGCUGGGAAAUCCUCCAUCACGGUGAUUGCUGAGGAAUUAUCGGGCAAUGAUGACUACGUGGAACUGGCCUUCAAUGCACGGAAAUUGGAUGAUAAGGAUUUCUUCAGUAAAUCUGACCCAUUUCUGGAAAUUUUCAGAAUGAAUGAUGACGCAACUCAGCAGCUUGUGCAUCGAACAGAGGUUGUGAUGAAUAACUUAAGCCCAGCCUGGAAGUCAUUCAAAGUGUCGGUAAAUUCUCUCUGCAGCGGAGAUCCAGACCGCAGGCUAAAGUGCAUUGUGUGGGACUGGGAUUCCAAUGGCAAGCACGACUUCAUUGGAGAAUUCACCUCCACCUUCAAGGAGAUGAGAGGAGCUAUGGAAGGAAAACAGGUACAGUGGGAAUGCAUCAACCCCAAGUACAAGGCCAAAAAGAAGAAUUACAAGAACUCAGGCAUGGUGAUUCUGAAUCAGUGCAAGAUACACAAGAUGCAUUCCUUCUUGGACUACAUCAUGGGUGGCUGUCAAAUCCAGUUUACAGUAGCUAUAGAUUUUACUGCCUCUAACGGAGACCCCAGGAACAGCUGUUCCCUGCACUAUAUCCACCCUUACCAGCCCAAUGAGUACCUAAAGGCCUUGGUGGCUGUGGGAGAGAUUUGUCAAGACUAUGACAGUGACAAAAUGUUCCCGGCUUUUGGGUUCGGUGCCAGGAUACCCCCGGAGUACACGGUCUCUCAUGACUUUGCAAUCAACUUUAAUGAAGACAACCCAGAGUGCGCAGGAAUUCAAGGAGUCGUGGAAGCCUAUCAGAGCUGUCUUCCCAAGCUCCAGCUUUAUGGUCCCACCAACAUCGCUCCCAUCAUUCAGAAGGUUGCCAAGUCCGCUUCAGAGGAGACGAACACAAAGGAGGCAUCGCAAUACUUCAUCCUGCUGAUCCUGACAGACGGCGUCAUUACAGACAUGGCUGACACCCGGGAGGCCAUCGUUCAUGCCUCGCACCUCCCCAUGUCCGUCAUCAUUGUGGGCGUGGGGAACGCCGACUUCAGUGACAUGCAGAUGCUGGAUGGUGACGACGGGAUUCUGAGGUCCCCAAAGGGAGAGCCUGUCCUUCGAGACAUCGUCCAGUUUGUGCCCUUCCGGAACUUCAAACACGCAUCGCCAGCUGCCCUUGCAAAGAGUGUGUUGGCUGAAGUCCCAAAUCAAGUCGUGGACUAUUACAAUGGUAAAGGGAUUAAACCCAAGUGUUCGUCGGAAGUGUAUGAGUCUUCCAGGACACUGGCACCAUGAACUCCACACUUUCACAGAGUUCUGAAACACUGUUCAUUGUAUUCCUGUACUUUUAAAAAAAUAAUAAUGAUAUACAUUUAAAGAUAGCACGUUUCGGUGAUUUUUAACUGAUUGUUUUUUUUUUUUUGCAUGUGUAGCCCCAAGGCCUGGAUCUGUUAAGCCCUUGUGUUGUUGAAGACUUUUUACAAUGAAAUAGUUAUAACAUACUCUUUACAGCAUGUCGCCUUGGAAUAAAAUGGUGUAUGUAUCCAUUUUUAUACCGGUUUGUUGAAAUUUUGCUAAAUUUCUUAUUAUCUUUACACUGUAAAGCAUUUUGAAACAUUUCUUGAAUGUUGAUAGCCAAAACGUAUAUUUGGCUUAAUCUCCUAUAGGCUGAGAGACUUUUCAAAAUGGCAGAUGCAUGGACUGUAUUUUGCAUGUUUAAAAUAAUAAUUACUAAUAAUAACCUUACACUGUUUUUGCAGUUGUUAUCUAUAAUCUCUCCCUGCUGAGAAUGGUCUCUCUACUAAAUAAAUUUAUCUACCUAGAGGUAGUCUUUUUGAAGUGGGUCCGGGUCAUUUCAUCCAGUACCCAUCUUUACACACUAACCAUAUACACAAAUUCCUGGGGACUCUCGUCCUAAUGGAGCUUUUUAAUGCAGUGCCUGAGGUUCUGCAUGUCUCACGGGGUCCUCCUUGAUGUUAAUGCAUUCCUUGCACUGCGUGAGGACUGAUGAGGUUCUGAACUUGCGACUUUCACCAUAGAGAUCACCCCGCCCAGGGCAGCUCCCAGCCUGCUUGCCGAUAACACCUCUUCCCUGUCAGUAUCGUAGAGAGCUGGCCCAUCUCCGAGGUGAGACUAGAAAGCAGUGAGGCUGAUUCCAGAAGCUGGACACCUCAAGUCGGUCUGACUGCUUUAGGGUCACACCUCUUCCCCGUCCAGACCGAGCAACUCUCCUUCUGGCUAAAAGAGGCGCCGCAGCUGACUGCAUGGAUGGUUCCCUUUUUAUAUCAGGUCCUAGAAAUUAUUUCCUAAGAUUCUCCAUUGGAUGGUGAAUGGAAUCUUUUCCAUGCCAAAGAGCGAGGUGGCUCCCCAGGUUUCUGUUCUGUUCAUUUGAUCUUUGAGAUCGCUGUGGGGUAUCUUUCGGCCUCUUUCCAUCACUCCGUAAGCAGAAAUUCCUGGGAUCGCUGUCUAUGGUGGGGAUGUUUUGUCUGAAUCUAAGUCUUGAACUGAAACAGUGACUUCUUCUGUCAUCGUCCCUCAGAGAGGUGGACAGAUGUUUUAUAACCUACAAAAGGCACAAAGUGAAACCUAUUUUGGAUCAGAAAAAUGGUGAGAUGUAUACAAAGCAAAAGAAAUAUGUUGUUAGGGUAGGGUUUUUUGUUUGUUUGUUUUUUAGGGGAAACCACAAUAAUUAACUAAGCAAACCAAAUGUCUUGUACAAUUUCCAGAGUUAUAAUUAUAGAUCCUUUAUCUUGCAAAUACAUGUCAACCAGAUGCAUAACAUUUUGGGAAUGAUGGUUAAAAAAAAUGUAUAGCAAAAAAAAACUUAUAAAUGUUUAAAUUGUAUUGUUUUCUGAAUAAAUUGGGUACUUAAUGAAUUUUUUUUCUACGAGUUGUGGUCUUGUUCCUCUUUUCAAAGCAAUUUCCUGCCAGUGAGAUGAUGUAUGAUGUCGCAUGCUUGAGGGAACGUCAGGGGAAGACUGGUGCUUCCAUCAUUGCUUCUAAAUUGAAAUAGUUAAGUUCUAUAUCACAGAAAUACCUAAUGACUGUGUCUAACCCCAAACCAGUGUAUGAACGUCCAUGUCUGUGUAUCUGGUAUGUAGGAAGCACUCAGUAGAUGUUUAGCCAAUGCAGAGGUAAACAAUAA